GCCGCUUGGUGUGAACUGCAGUCCCGAGUGCUGCUGGUGCUCACAUCUCAGCGUGGCAUCCAGAUGUACGACCCUGAUGGCUCCACCAUGGUGUACUGGCACGCGCUGGACAUCCCUGAGCACCCGGCAGCCCAUUCUGUGUUCGCCCGAGGCAUCGCUGGCGCCGGUGGCCACUUCAUCUGUGUGGGGACAUCCUCUGGGGCUGUGCUGGUGUUCGAUGUCCCCCCCAAAGGGACCAAUGUGAUGCUGAGUGAGGUCCUGGACCAGCACCACUACGCCAUCACCGACAUUGCAGCUGAGCAGGGCCAUGCCCCGGAGGGGUCUGGGGACCUGGUGACAGCCGAUGACUCUGGAACCCUCUGUAUGUGGAGCUCUGGGGACGAGUUCACCCUGCUGGGAAUGAUCCCUGGGGCCGGGUGCACGUGCUCGUCCGUGGUGCUGUGGCAGGGGCUGGUGGCUGCAGGCUAUGGGGAUGGGCAGAUCCGGGUGCUGGAGGCCGGGACGGGGGUGCUGCGUGCCCAGGUGAGCGCCCACGCACGCUGGAUCUACGCCCUCGACCUGGCACCGCUCACCGGCAAGCUGCUGUCAGGUGCAGAGGAUUCCUGCGCAGCAGGAACCCAGACACAGAUGAUGUCGAG